CUUCACUGAACUGACAGCUGCAUAACAGAAGAGAAAUUUUCGUAAACUUAUACUUUCUAAUCGAAGUAAUGUGCUAAGUGAAAUGUUGGAAAACAAUACAAAAUAAUAUGAUACAAUCUGCGAUUCCUUCUUCAUAAACCAUGUCCUCAGAGCAUGUAUCCCGUGUGCGGCAGCUUUACAAGCUGAUAUUCCGAGUGCACCGGGCGCUGCCCGCGGAGCUCCGUGUGAUGGGGGACAACUACGCGAGGGACGAGUUCAAGAGGCACAAACAGUGCGGUCCGGAGGAGGCGGGAAUAUUCCUUAAUGAAUGGACGGACUAUGCCAUAAACCUGGCAAAGCAGAUGAAACCGCUGCAGCAAGCAAAGAGGAAAGAAGUAGGCAAAUACCUGGACCCGAAGCUGCUCGACCACAUGAGCGACGAACAGCUGUGCCAGCUCUACGAACUGCACAGAGCAGCAUCGGUAGCGGAGGACGGUGGAAGUAAGGAAAAGUAGUUUAUAUGCACUGAGGCACUGCUCGCAUGUAUACCUUGCGAGUUGGAAGGACUGCCAUCUUGUGACCUAAAAUUAAACCUUUAACUUGACAUUGUCAUUUCACGCAAUAAACAUAGUAUAUACAAGUAGUUAUAGACGCGCCACCGAGUGACCGAGUAAGAGAAAGAAUAUUCAUAUAAAAUUUGGGCAGCAUAGAAUUUUUUCUCUUUCACUCUUAUAAAUUUCGGUAUUCAGUUGGAAGGUGAGAUGGCAGUCGCUUUCGUAAAAACUAGUGCCUACGCCAAUUAGGUUUGGAUAAAUAUAUGCUAAGCAAAGCAUGUAACUAUGACAUCAAUUCUUGUACAAAAUUAAAUCCUACUAUAUGAGCUAGCGUAGGUACAGUCAGGAACAGAAGUUGCUAAGCGGGCGAGGUGUUCAAAAUGAUCUUGACACGACUUUAUUGUUAAGAGAAUAAUAGCGCGUUUCUGCUGCUAACCGUACAUCAAUUUAUCUGAGUGAAAUAGUAAUACAAUAGUAAGUUAUAAUGGAUUUCAGUAAAGCAUGAAAUUGAUAGUUUAGGUAAUUGUUUUUCAAUUAAAUCUGAAAAUUGAGAGAAGUGAAAAUAAACUUUUUACAAUUGGUAUUUUCCUUGACAAAUAUAUGAUUCUGGUAUAUAUUGACAUGUAAUCUUUAAAAUCAAUUGAUACAAAAAUUACAAAACAUAAGGAAUUUUGAAUUAAUAAUAAUAUGCAGUCGAAAUACUCAAAACUCGCAAACAUAACGCAACGGAAAUGUGAUUCACUUUCACCAAAAUUCGCAAGCAUAAGAAAAAUGUAUGCACCAAAGACAAUAUGCGCACGCAUCUGCAUAAUAUAAGCUCAAGCAUUGUCGAAAAAAUACUCACGCAUAAUAAAUCCAUGAAACACACAAUAUAAGUUUUUUUUUUUUAAACUUUAUUGCACAUAAAAAGUGUACAACAGGCGGACUUAAUGCCAUUAUAGGCAUUCUCUACCAGUCAACCAUAGGGCUAAACAGAAAAGCGUCAAGGUGGGUGCACUGAGAGAAAAAAAAGAAAAAAAGAAACGUAACUUUUGAGCGAAGUAAAACUUCUACAUUAAUAAUAUAAUAAUGUUUAAUUAUACCUGUUUAAAGAAAUAACGAAGACCUUUUUUUCAAUACGGUGUUGUUUUAAUAUUAAGUACUUUUUAUUGAAAUACAUACAUAUAAUCACGCCUAUUUCCCGGAGGGAUAGGCAGAGACCACGGAUUUCAACUUGCUACGAUCCUGACAUACCUCUUUCGCUUCCUUCACUUUCAUAACAUUCCUCAUACACGCUCGCCGGUUCAGGGUGCUCUUGACCUGGCCUUUCUUCAGGAUUUCCCCGAUCUGAUCAGAGAAGCCGCCGCCGAGGUCUGCCCCUUCCAACUCCCGUUUCUAUUUUUUUAUUGAAAUAAGCUCGAUUUAUUAUAGAAAAAUGUGUAUUGACUUGAUAAUUUUAAUGUAUAUUAUCAUUUUGUGUAUUUUCUGUUAUAAACUCCUGUAUAGUAUUAUGUUAUGAUUAUUUUACCUUUAGCAAGCAGUGCAUUUAGAACUAGUAGUAGUGAAUAAUUAUAUAAUUGAUCACUAGCUUUUGCCCGCGACUUCGUCUGCGCGGACUUAGUAACAGCAGCUAAAGUAAGUAUAGCGCCUGGAAAAAUUUUCAUAGCAAUUAUUCAAUUUGAGCAUAUCAUGCACACAAAUUAGCAGACACUUCAUUAAUUAUCUCAAUUCCACCCCGCUUUUUACUUUCUUAAGGGAUGAUUUUCGGAAUAAAAACUAUCUUAUGUCCUUCUCAGGGAUUCAACCUAUUUCUAUGCCAAAUUUCAUCUAACUCGAUUCAGCGGUUUAAGCGUGAAGAGGGAACACACAGA